AUGACCGAAAUCUGGCAGCGAUAUUCGACGUCGAUGCAAUUAGCCUUUCUGGACUUUGUAGCUGUUUUCGACUCUCCUCAUCGAGGCCGUAUUCUCAACGAGCUUCACAUCGAUGGAGUACCAGGAAAGUGCUUUUGCAUACUUGAUGAUAUCAGUCAAAGAACAACUGCUACAAUUCGAGCACCAGUCGUUUGUCAACGGUGUCGCAGCACGACACCGUUUGACGUGGUAAUUGAACCUAUGGGCUACAGAUCACCUUGUUCAACGCGUUUUGAAGAGUUUGGUAGGCUCAAUCAGGAAAAUCCACCUGGCCAAAAACGGAAAUUCUAG